GAGAGAGAGACAAAGAUAGAUAGAGAGAGAGAGAAAGAUAGAGAGAGAGAGAGAGAGAGAGAGAGAGAAAGAUAGAGAGAGAGAAAGAGAGAGAGAAAGAGAGAGUGGAUGUAUGAAAGUUGCUGAAGGACGGUUGAAAGUCAUCGUGUGACGCUCCGACGCGGGACCUCUGUGAGAGAGAGAUGGAGGGCAGCGUGGCGGCGGAUUUCUCCGGAACCUGGAAAAUGAAAAGCUCCGAGAAUUUCGAGGAGCUGCUGAAAGCGCUCGGCGUGAAUGUCUUCUUGAGGAAGAUUGCAGUGGCGGCAGCGUCUAAGCCCUCAGUGGAGAUCACACAGCAAGGAGAGACGCUCUCCAUCCAGACCUCCACCAGUGUGCGCACCACCCAUGUGUCCUUCACCGUGGGUCAGUCCUUCAAUGAGACCACGGUGGAUGGACGGCCAUGCACGAGCUUCCCUAAAUGGGAGACAGACAGGAAAAUCACCUGUGAGCAGACGCUGCAGAAGGGGGAGGGGCCUAAGACAUCCUGGACACGUGAGCUGACCAAUGAUGGAGAGCUCAUUCUGACCAUGAGUGCCGGAGAUGUUGUCUGCACCCGUGUGUAUGAGCGUGAGUGAGGGGUCAGUCACACUUCUGGUGGUCAGCUGGCUCUUCUGGUUAUCCCCCAGCCUUCAUGUUGUGUCAAUGUGUCCAUGCGACAGCAAAUAUCUGCCAUUUAUGUGUCUUCCUGUCGUGCAUGAGGUGACAAAAGUGUGUGUGUGUGUGUGUGUGUGUGUGUGUGUGUGUGUGUGUGUGUGUGCGUGCUUCAUACUUGGAUUUCAACCCCAAACUGUAUUUAUUGUGAAGCGUUCGACAGUUUCUAGCAGCUCACAAGCGUAUAAAUCUGCAUGCAUUGAUGUAACCGGGUCUUAUGACCAAUAAAACAUGUUAAUAUUCACACAGA